CGGCGGCGGCAGCGGUGGCGGCCACAGCCCGGCCGGGGGAGGAGGAGGAGGAGGAGGAGGAGGAGGAGGAGGAGGAGGAUGGAAGAGGAGGAGGAGGAGAUGCGGGCGGCGGAGGAGGGGCCCAGCACCCCCAAAAUCUACAAGCAGCGGGGUCCCUACAGCGUCCUCAAGACCUUCCCCGGCAAGCGGGCGGCGCUGGCACGGCGCUACGAGCGAGCCGGCGCGAUGGUGGAGGUGCCCCGGGGGCGCGCCGCGGGGCAGCCCUUCCCGCACGCCGCCGAGCCGCUGCCCUACCCGCCCUUCCCCAACGGGCCCGCACGCCCCGCCGCCGCCCACGGGCACCCCCGCACGCCGGCCCCGGGCUCCGCGGGCCGCUACGGCCCCUGCCCGCCGGGGGGAGCGGCGGCGGCGGCGGCGGGGCCGGCGGCGGGGGGAGCGGGGGGCGGCGGCGCGGAGCUGAGCGCAGAGAGUCGAAUGAUUCUGGAUGCCUUUGCCCAACAAUGCAGCCGGGUUCUAAGUCUAUUAAAUUGUGGUGGAAAACUACUGGACAACAAUCACUCUCAGUCCAUGAUUUCUUGUAUAAAGCAGGAAAACCCAAAUUAUAGUGAAAGACAAGAGCAAUGUCAGCUUGGGAAAAUGGUCCAUAGUCAGACGUCAGACAUUUUAGACAUAGAGAUGCAGUAUAUGCAAAAGAAACAACAAACCUCAGCCUUUCUGAGAGUUUUUACUGAUUCCCUUCAGAACUAUUUGCUUUCUGGGAGCUUCCCUUCUCAGAACACCUCGUCAGUAAAUGAUUUUAGCCAUUUGGCAGAUGUGGAUCCGCUUUCAACCUCUCCAGUGCACACUUUAGGUGGAUGGACAUCUCCAGCAACUUCUGAAUCUCAUGGUCACCCAUCAUCUUCUACACUUCCAGAGGAGGAAGAGGAGGAAGAAGAAGAAGGUUACUGCCCUCGGUGUCAAGAGCUAGAACAGGAGGUAAUUUCAUUGCAACAAGAAAAUGAGGAGCUUCGCAGAAAACUGGAGAGCAUUCCAGUGCCCUGCCAGACUGUUUUAGAUUAUCUGAAGACUGUACUUCAGCAUCACAACCAACUUCUGGUACCGCAGCCAGCAGACCAUCCGACUGAGGGGAGCAAGCAGUUGCUGAACAACUAUCCUGUCUACAUCACUAGUAAACAGUGGGAUGAGGCUGUAAACUCUUCCAAGAAAGACGGACGGCGACUCCUUCGAUAUCUCAUCAGAUUUGUUUUCACAACCGAUGAGCUUAAGUACUCAUGCGGCCUUGGGAAAAGGAAAAGGUCAGUGCAGUCAGGAGAGACAGGUCCUGAAAGACGUCCUCUGGAUCCCGUAAAAGUAACAUGUCUCAGAGAGUUCAUUAGAAUGCAUUGUACUUCCAACCCUGACUGGUGGAUGCCAUCCGAAGAGCAAAUAAACAAGGUCUUCAGUGAUGCAGUAGGACACGCUCGGCAAGGGCGUGCGGUGGGGACUUUCCUUCACAAUGGGAACUCAUACUAUGAAGGGACUGACCAUCCAGGAUCACAGGACGAAGUUUUCAAUAGAGGUAUGCAAGACGGAUCUGGCGAUUGACAGCAGUGAGAGGAAACUCAUGCAACAGUAGCAAGCAGUUAAUUUAGAAGAGACUAUUUGUUAAGCAUACUUACCCUGAAGUCAUUUAAGAGUCCAAAGCAUGUUUGAACACAUACUGCAUACAUUUCAGCUUCUCCAUCCUACCAUGUCCCCGUUUACAGAAAGAAAUCCAUUUCAAGACCUGCCCUAUGGGACUUCUCAGUGCCUAUAAUUUGCAAACCCUUCAUAGCACCCCCAAGGGGAAGCUGCAGUUCAUUCCAUUUAGUUCUAGAGGAAAGAUCAUUUAAAAAUUGUACAAGUUUCAAAAGAAACAACAGCUACCAUCUUGUCUGCCCAUUGGUAACAAGCCCAGGUCUGGACCCUCAGACAGAACAACCGGGUACUAUUUGCUUUUCCUGAGUAGGAGAUGUAAGAAUGAGUCCGCAUGCAUGUGACCAAAACCAAAAAAUGCUCAUUUCUUAACAGCAAGCAGUAUAAUUAUAAAUGCUACCUUAAAAUACCACACGAGAUGGAAAAUUCAGGGACUUCCUUUAGCCAGCUAUGCCAGGAAAUUAAGCUUCCUGGAUAAAACAUCAGCACUCAUCAGCAACAGAAUCCUUCAAAGACCCAGAACAAUAACAGGCACUUCUAAUAGAUAAAAAUUGCUUUGUGUAUCGGAUAGACACUAUAUUUAUCUAGAUUUCUAAGGGAUUAGAGUUGAUCAUGACAGUUUUCAUUAAAAAAAAGAUUGCUAAAAACAAAUCGCCAUUUCGGAAGACAGGUUUUGCUUUGUCUGUUGCUAUUCUGCAGCCAUAUUAUGUAGCUUUAGAGGUUUUAAAUUGCCUUUUCUUGUUUUUGCUUUCAUUUGUGUUUUAUAUCCAUUCCUUGAAAUAGAUGAGGCAAUGUGCUGGUCUCAAUAGUCAGAUGCUCAGUGGUGCAUUCAGGGAGGGGUUGAGUUAGAAAAGCCUAAUUUAGCAUUUUGUUGUAAGAAAAGUAAACCUGGGAUCCAGACUAAGCUGUAAAAAAAGGACGUGUGUUAGAGCAGAAGCCAAUUUACAGCAGAGUGCAACAUGGGAAGCAGAUGCCAGCUCAACAGAAAAAUAAUCCACCCAUUAAAAACAUUUACUUUCAAAGGCUUGGGAGUCCCUUGUCCCUCCAAAUUGACGCACUCCAGAAAUACGUAAUGCCAAAGAAACAAUACCCUUUCCUUUCAGCGUCAGGGUGUUUCAAUCUCCGUGCCCUGGCCAGUUGCUCAGGCUGGUGCUGGUGUUCACCACAACCACCUGGCCCAGCUCUCCUUGAAGCAACGCUCCCCGGCCGGCAGGGACAGGGCACCGGUUUUGGGAAAGAAAAUCCACUCCGCUUGCGAUCACCUUUAGUGCUACCUCAUCAGUGUUGAUUCUGCUGAACGUGUAUCUCAUGCUCCCCAGCUUUCCUCCCUGCCCCAUGCACACCGUUAGAGAAGCUACUAAUUGCUCCUUCUGCCAUCCUCCUCUCCUUCCCGACCUCCUCCCCGCACACCGGGCAGGGGGGGAAGCACCCAGCCCGUGCCUGUCCAUGGAUGAAGGACUGGGGCAGCCUCUCAAAUGCCAGCUCACCCACACCACCAUUUCUCCCUGCUGUCUGCCUCCCCUUUGCCUGCUGCCAUGAACGGCGCAUGGCUCCAGCCACAGUAGACAGAGCCAUGCUCAGCCAGGAUAUGCUUUAGGCCCUUAAAUGCCCAGUACCUCUCAGCUCGUUUUCAUUUUGCUAAUUUUUAAAAGGGGGUCGAAAGGCAUUUAUUUGACCCAGACGAACCGAUUUAUCAGAGAACAAGCAGUUUGGUCACACUGCUCCUUCCCGGGCCAAGGGGGUCAGGGCAGCAUCCCUCGUGCAGGCAGGAGGUGACUCUCUUUGACCAGUCAGUGGUGUGCGGUGGCCGAGGGGGAAGACACUCAGUGUAUAAAAAUGUCACAGUACAGAUAUCCUUUAGUAGCUUUUCCGUGUUGAACUUAACACUUUUUUUUUUUUUUUUUAAGAGAACUAUAAUAGAAGAUGUUACAUUGCUCAGAUGGUGUAAGUCUUGCUGGUAUAUGUUUAAUGUGGUGACACUUGCCAGAACUACUUGGUAAAACAUGUCAGAGCGUGCGAGUCAACAUUAUGCUGUAAAUUUGUCCACAGCGAUAUGUAUCAUGCUGUAUUUUUGUAAACAUUGUGAUGGUUCCUUUCAAAUGGUUAAGCAUAUGAGAUUAAAAACACAGAUGCUUCAUUUUUAAUAGUCGCAGAACAGAGUUACUGGACUGGACAGACCUCUCUCACUUAAUAACCUAAAGAUUUUGCAAAUAACUUGUAAGUCUAGCUUUAUUUUUAGUGUAAGAAGUGUAACCAGCGUCCUGGUACCGCUCACAAUCCUGUGCUCUCAUAUUGUGCAAAAUAACCAAAUGUAUAGUUUCAUCCUGAAAGCCACUUUAGCACUAGAAAUGGCUUGGCAGGUUUGGACCGUUCUUUAUGAACAAAAUUUUGCCCUCAGCUGCUUCUGUGCAAUCACUAGUGACAUGAAUAGUAGUCACAGACAGGCAUCAGAAGACAGGAGCUCAUCUCUUUUUUUGUUCAUGCUUGUUUUUUAACAAUAAUAGACCACAGCAGCAUCUCUCUUGUUUUUAACUGCCAUCAUGGCCACUUGACUCCUCACCCACCCCGUUUGUUUAAAGACCCUUUCACAACUACUUGUUCCAAUUAGCUUAUUCACGAGGCAUUAUGAAUCCAUGCAGAUCGAAGCAUCUAUGUAUCCACAAGAUGUUAGGUAUAACGCUACGGGACCCGAAAUAAUAGAUAGCCUGUAAGCCCUCGCACAGCGAGAUAUCCAUAUUUAAGCACCGUGCUUUGUAAGUCAGCACAUCCCUUCUCCGAGCUGGAUGCAGGCAGCAGGCUGGCAGCAGAAGGAAGCUGCUAUCUGUCAUGUCACUCCAGCAAGUCCCAGGAGGAUAGAUCCUUGUCUUAUCCUUCCAUACUCUUUAAUCUUACUGUCAUUUAUGUAUCUGCCUUCUCUCAAACUUUGUGUAGCAGUACCGCACGCCCAUCUGUGCCAACAUGCCUUCGCUAUAUUUUCUAUGACAAAUAUUUGUGGAGAAACUGUGAUUAAAAAACCAUUAAUCCCGAUAUUUUUAUUGUUAUGGUGUAGUUAAUUCUAUGAAUACUUUCUAAUGAUGAUUGUACUGUGUAGAGUAAGUACAGGUUAGGGAUAGACCUUUACCAGAUAUUGUACAAAAAAGUGCAUAGUGUAAUAUAGACUAGUAAGGUUUUUGUGACAAUUUCUAUAGGAUGUGUGAAUUGUUUUCUAUGUGGCAACACACAUUUCUUUUAAAAAAUAUAAAAAUCUUAGAGAAUUUUUUAAACAGUCAAUAUUUUUUAAUUAUAAAGACAUUUGUUACCUACAGUUUACUAUUUCAGGUGUUAAUCCUAAUUUGAAUAUUGGUUUUAUUACUACAUACCUCCAGUUCCAUUUGUUCUGUUGCAUUAACAAUGCACAAUAAAAGUUGGUCUCUGGUUAA